AUGUGCGGAGGAGCAGUAAUUUCCGAUUACAUAGCGCCGUCGCGGUCCGGCAGAUCGACAGCCGACAACCUGUGGUCCGAUCAGGCGAAGAACGCGAGAGCUGGGAAGUCUUCCUGGAGACGCGACGACGUCGUUGACCUGACAGUCGACGAUUACUGGGGAGAUUUUCACGAUUUCGAUGAGUUCCGAUCGGAAAACGAUGAAACGAUUCCUACAGCAAAGCUCUUCUCCUCAACCUGCAAACCUGCUGGUUCAAAUAGUACCGUGAAUAGCAAGAAGACGACUAGUCGGUACAGAGGAAUCAGGAGACGUCCUUGGGGAAGAUGGGCGGCUGAGAUUCGUGACCCCAUCAAAGGAGUUCGAGUCUGGCUCGGGACAUUCAGCACAGCAGAGGACGCUGCAAGAGCUUAUGAUCUCGAGGCUAAGAGAAUCAGAGGAGCCAAGGCCAAGCUCAAUUUCCCAAACGAAUCAUUCUCUAGGAAACGUAAAGCCUCACCGCCACAACAACCUCAGGCCAAGACUGUUCAGAAGAUGGAAGAGAAGCACGAGGCUGAUGAUCUUGGAUUUGAGAGAUGUCUUGAUUUCCUGUGGGAGGAGACUAACAACGCGGACACGCUUCAGGUCGAUACACAGUGGCUCGAAGAUGUCAUUGUUGACGACGACGCGAGGAAGAAGCAGAGAUGUUGUGAUGGUGAUGAAGGAGCUAACGUGAAUGCUGCUCAGCUUUCGGAAGAGCUUCUAGCUUUCGAGAACCAGACCGAGUGUUUCUCCCAGAUGCCUGUAUUGGAGAGAAACUGUGGUUCCUCGAUCUCUCUGAGCAGUCUCUUGGAUGGAGCCAAUAUCAUGGAUCUUUGGUCCUGA